AUGAAUCUCGCUCCGCUACCCGAUGUGAAGCGGCUUAGUCCGGCAUGCAUCCGGAUUCUCGGCGGCAACCCCGGCAAGUUCACACUGCAGGGAACCAAUACAUAUUUACUUGGCUCUGGAAAGCGUCGCAUAUUGAUAGACUCUGGAGAAGGGAAGCCAGCAUGGGCUGCAUCUUUGAAGGGGGUCCUCGAAGCAGAGGAUGCGACCGUUGAUAUUCUGUUGCUUUCACACUGGCAUCAUGACCACGUCGGCGGCAUAGAGGACUUGCGCAAGAUCUCUCCGCAUGCUACCGUCUAUAAAUACGACCCGACAGAGGGGCAAACUGCGAUUUUAAACGGCCAAAUCUUUCGUGUCGAGGGCGUUACGCUGACAGCGCACCAUACACCAGGACACACCACGGAUCAUUUAGUCUUUACCUUGGCGGAAGAGAACGCAAUGUUCACAGCAGAUAAUGUGCUUGGUGAAGGUACAGCGGUCUUUGAAGACAUGGCGACAUAUCUUAACAGUCUGCACCAGAUGAAGAUGUUGUUUCGAGGCAGAGCAUAUCCUGGUCAUGGCGAGCUCAUCGAAAAGGGCCCCGACAAAAUUACCGAAUACAUCAAGCAUCGCAAACAGAGGGAGGAACAGGUAGUCCAGGUAAUGAGGAGUACAAAGUCAGAUGGUAGCCAAAACUGGACUGGGAUGGAGGUUGUGAAGAUCAUUUACCGAGAGGUGCAUGAAGACUUACACCUGGCGGCGUGCGCUGGUGUCCUGCAGAUACUACGAAAGUUGGAGCAGGAAGGCAGAGCAGCCAGGGCGGAUGAUGGUGACAGCUGGGUGCUCGCUGGCCAGGCAGCUCUGUAG